UGGGUGUUACUGGAGAUGCCCAUUAGCCUAGUAAGCCCAUAUAUGGUGAUAUUAUUUCUUCCAAAGUUUGUGUUGAUAUUUCUGCCAAUGAUUGCUUGCUUGCUUGCUUCCACUGCUGCUGUGUGAACCAAAUCCGAAAAAUUUGAGAUGAAUUUGGCUAUCAACAAUUGCGGCAGUUAUGGAAUUAAUCCUUUCACAAUUUCAAGCUGCAAGGGUGGCCAGAAAAUCAGUCACAGUAAAAAGUAUAUGGUGCCCAGCAGAAUGCUGAAGGGACCUGCUUCUACUUCUACACCUCAGGAUGCUUGCCAAGAUUCUGCAUCAUUGGCAAAGACUGAUAGAAGCAGCAGCACUAGCAGCUUCCCAAUUAAGACUUUUUUAAAUUCCAUGGCAGCGGCGAAUUUGGUCUUUGCCGACUUGGCAAAGGCUAGCACGGAGAAAAUGUUGAAUUCUUUUCCGAGACAGGACGGUGCUGUUUCAGUAUAUACCUUGGCUGAUGGAGGCCCUGGAGAAUGGUUUGGAGGCUUCCUAUUUUCUGCUGGACAAGAUGCUAAUGAAGCUGUUCAAGACCAGCUAUCAGCCCUCAGUUUCUCUAGUUUGGCAGUUAUUUUUGGGGCUGGGCUGGUGACCAGCCUUUCUCCUUGUACUCUUAGCGUUUUACCGCUGACCCUAGGUUACAUAGGAGCAUUUGGCUCAGGGAAAAGCAAGGCAGAGGUUCUUGGGAAUUCAAUUGCGUUCUCCUUAGGAUUGGCAACUACACUUGCACUCUUAGGCAUAGGAGCCUCAUUCGCUGGAAAGGCAUAUGGACAGACAGGGCAGGGGUUACCUUUGACUGCUUCAGGUUUAGCUAUUAUUAUGGGCCUGAAUCUCCUUGAGGUAAUUGAACUACAGCUCCCCUCAUUUUUUAGCAAUUUUGAUCCCCGGGCUGCUGCUGCUAAUUUCCCUUCAAGUGUGCAAGCAUAUCUAGCUGGGCUUACAUUUGCUUUAGCUGCCUCACCAUGCAGUACGCCAGUGCUGGCCACUCUGCUUGGAUAUGUUGCUACGUCUAAGAAUCCAGUUAUAGGAGGCAGCUUACUUUUGACGUACACAAGCGGUUAUGUUGCUCCUCUACUUCUUGCUGCUUCUUUUGCUGGAGCACUGCAGAGCCUACUUUCAUUUCGCAAAUUUUCAGCAUGGAUAAACCCAAUCAGCGGUGCACUUCUGUUAGGAGGGGGUGUGUAUACUUUCUUGGAUAGGCUUUUCCCAGUUACAAUGGCAAUGUAGAGAUUUGCUCAAUGAAAUAAACGUCGAAACACUUCCACAAUGGCAAUGUACAGGAUUCAACAGUUCUAGUUAUGUGUAAAUCUAUACUAAAAUUGCAUAAGAUGGUAAGAGCGAAAAUAAUGUGAAUCCCUUGUAAAGUAUUCUGAUUUCAUCAUUCAAACUGAGGUAAAUAGGAAUCCUGUAAGGAAGAACAUCAUAUUUGACCAAACCAUAUUUUUGUUUUUU